AUAGGAUCGACAGGUGAAAAGGAAACUGAAGCCAGGUGAAGUGAAGGCGAGACAUGGGGAAAGGCUUCUUCAUCAGUAAAACCGUGGCAGCAAUCUGUGUGGUUGCAGCCAUCGGCGCCGCGGCCACCAUCAUAGCCCUCUCAGUGGUGUAUGAUCAGGAGAAAUCGAAGAAUCUAGAUGCUCCCGUAACCACCGCUGAACCCGGCACCACCACCCAGCCCACCACACCCUCCACCCCAAAGCAGCCCUGGCAGCUCUACAGACUUCCAGAUUCUCUGUCUCCUGUCUCCUACAAUGUGACCCUGCGGCCUCAGCUGAAGCCCAACAACGAUGGCCUCUACAUCUUCAGCGGACACUCCACAGUGGUGUUCACAUGUGUGAAGGAGACCGAUCUCAUCCUCAUCCACUCCAACAAGCUGAAUUUCACAAUGUUUGAGGGACAUCACGCAGUGCUGAGGGGCGUGGAUGGAGCUUCUGCACCCAGCCUGAAAACGUCCUGGCUGGAGGUUCCUACCCAGUAUCUGGUGAUCCAGCUCAGCAGCCCUCUGCAGGCCGGCAGCACUUAUGAGCUCUUCACAGAGUUUGUUGGCGAGCUGGCCAAUGACCUGGGAGGAUUCUACAGGAGUGAAUACGAAGACGAUGGGGUGAAAAAAGUUGUGGCCACGACUCAAAUGCAGGCGACAGAUGCGAGGAAAGCCUUCCCCUGCUUCGAUGAACCAGCAAUGAAAGCCGUCUUCCAUGUGACUCUCAUUCACCCUCAUGAGACGGUGGCUCUGUCCAACUCCAUGAACUAUGAGCCUGUGAACAUCACCACCUCAGAUGGUAUGGAUUUAAUCCAGACGAGCUUUGAACCCACAGAGAUUAUGUCGACCUACCUGCUGGCUUUCAUUGUGUGUGAUUUUGGAUACGCUCGCUCAGACCCUGGUGCAGAGAUUUUGAUCAGGGUCUGGGCUCGCAGGAAGGCCAUAGAGGAGGGCCAGGGUGACUAUGCCCUGGAAAAGACUGGACCCAUACUGUCUUUCUUUGAGAAGUACUACAACAUUUCCUACCCCUUGCAAAAGUCAGACCAGAUCGCUCUUCCUGACUUCAGUGCUGGAGCCAUGGAGAACUGGGGCCUGAUCACCUACAGAGAGACCGCACUUUUAUAUAAUCCUACAGUGUCAUCUAAUGGAGACAAAGAGCGGGUGGCAACGACCAUCUCCCAUGAGCUGGCUCAUAUGUGGUUUGGGAACUUGGUGACCACGAGGUGGUGGAAUGACCUGUGGCUUAACGAGGGAUUUGCCACCUACGUCUCUUAUCUGGGAGCCAACUACGCUGAGCCAAACUGGAAUAUGAAAGAGUUAAUAGUUUUGAAUGAGAUCUUUGACGUGCUGGCUGUGGAUGCUUUAACCUCCUCCCAUCCACUCUCAUCCAAAGAGGAGGACAUCAUGAAGCCGGAGGACAUAAAUGCACUGUUUGACACCAUCACAUACAACAAGGGAGCUGCAGUUCUCAGGAUGCUCUCCAGCUUCAUCACUGAAGACGUCUUUUCCAAAGGACUCCAUACGUAUUUAGAGGAGUUCAAGUAUCAAAACACAGUCUACCAAGACCUGUGGAAGCACCUUCAAAUGGCAGUGGAUGAAACUGGCAUACGGCUGCCCCACUCUGUGGAGGCGAUUAUGAACCGGUGGAUCCUACAGAUGGGAUUCCCAGUGGUCACCAUCGACACCAAGACUGGAAAUGUCAUUCAGAAACACUUCUUGUUAGACUCAAAUUCUGUAGUGAACAGACCUUCAGAUUUCAACUACGAGUGGUUUGUCCCCAUUACCUGGAUUAAGAAUGGCGUAGCUGAAGAUCAGUUCUGGCUUCUUGACAAAGAAGCAACAAACUCAAACAUGACUCUUGGUGCUGAUGAUUGGUUGGUAGCCAACAUAGACAUGAAUGGCUUUUAUAGAGUAAAUUAUGAUUCUGGAAACUGGGAGCGCCUCCUUGCCAAGCUGGGUACCCAACAUAAGGAUAUUCCAGUGAUUAAUCGAGCUCAGAUUAUCGACGAUGCCUUUAACCUGGCAAGGGCAAAGAUGAUCGACACAACUCUGGCUCUAAGAACUACCGAGUUCCUCAAAAAGGAAGUGGAGUAUAUACCCUGGCAGACUGCCGUUCGCAACUUGGACUACUUCUACCUCAUGUUUGAUCGCAGUGAAGUGUAUGGACCCAUGCAGGCUUACAUAAAUAAUCAGGUCACGCCUCUGUUUAAAUACUUCGAAACGCUCACCGACCACUGGACAAAGAUCCCUGAUAAUCACACCGACCAAUACAAUCAGGUGAUUGCAAUCUCCUGGGCCUGCAAAACAGGAGUGCCAGGUUGUAAGGAGCUGACGACCACGUGGUUCAAGGAGUGGAUGCAAAACCCUGAUAAUAACAGGAUUAGCGCCAACUUGAGGUCCACGGUGUAUUGCAAUGCAAUUGCAGAAGGAGGAGUGGUGGAGUGGGACUUUGCCUGGAGCAUGUAUAAGAAUGCUACAAUCGCCUCAGAGGCUAAUAAACUCUUGCGUGCUCUGUCCUGCACCAAAGAGCCCUGGCUGCUCAACAGGUAUCUGGAAUAUUGUCUGGACCCAGAGAUGAUCCGUAAGCAGGAUGCCUCCGCUACCAUUGUUUACAUUGCCAGUAAUCCAGUUGGACAGUCCCUGGCUUGGGACUUUAUUAGAGCUAAGUGGGAUCUAAUUUUUAAUGACUAUAGUGGAGGAUUUUCCUUUGGAAGACUUAUUGAUGGCGUGACCAGGCGUUUCUCUUCUGAGUUUGAGUAUAAGCAGCUGCUGCAGUUUAAAGAAGACAACACAGACCAGCUCGGCUCAGCUGCCCCAUCCCUUGAGCAGGCACUUGAGAGAACCAAGACCAACAUAGACUGGGUGGUCCUGAACAAGCAACCAGUGCUUGACUGGUUCACAAAUCUCACCUAAAGAUUAUUAACACCAGUUUCACUUUUAAGAUGCACAGUAAAUUGUUCAAAUCUUUACCACAGC